AUGUCUUGCUCCGUCGCAGUUUCGAAUUCGCCGGUGUUUUCUCCUUCUUCGUCUCUCUUCUGUAAACAAUCAUCAAUCAUCUCUAACUCUGAAUCAUUGAGUUUAUCUCUCUCUCAUCUCAAACCGACUAACUCAUCAUCAACCGCGUCCUCUCCUUCUCCGUCUUCAUCUCCUUCUUCUCCUUUUUAUCUCCGACUACCGAAACUACCCUCCGUGUUCUCAUCUUCGUCCUCAAGUAACUCUACUUCCCAAAACGAUGCUGUUUUGAAAAGGAAGCGACCAACGAGACUUGAUAUACCUGUUUCUUCUCUGGGAUUUGGAGUUCCGGCGACACCGUCUAAGGUGGCGCGUGAUGUUGUUGAGGCGGAAGGCGAUGGGUAUUCGGUUUAUUGUAAGAGAGGGAGGAGGGAGUAUAUGGAAGAUCGUUACACUGCUGGGGAUAAGCUUCGUGGAGAAAGCAAUUUGGCUUUUUUUGGCGUGUUUGAUGGACAUGGAGGUGCAAAAGCGGCUGAAUUUGCUGCAAAUAACUUGGAAAAGAAUAUCUUGGAUGAGGUUAUCAUGAGUGAAGAACAAGAUGUUGAGGAGGCAGUGAAGCGUGGUUACCUCAAUACUGAUUCUGAGUUCAUGAAACAAGAUCUCCAUGGUGGUUCUUGUUGUGUAACAGCAUUGAUUAGGAAUGGUAACUUAGUUGUAUCUAACGCUGGCGAUUGCCGUGCUGUGAUUAGUAGAGGAGGAGUUGCAGAGGCCCUAACAUUUGAUCACAGACCUUCGAGGGAAGACGAACGGGAUAGAAUUGAGAGCUCGGGUGGUUAUGUUGAUUUAUGCCGCGGUGUUUGGCGGAUUCAAGGAUCUCUGGCUGUAUCUAGAGCUAUCGGAGACCGACACCUGAAACAAUGGGUGACUGCAGAGCCUGAGACUAAAGUUAUCAGCAUUGAACCUGAACAUGACUUGUUAAUAUUAGCAUCAGACGGCUUAUGGGAUAAGGUUAGUAAUCAAGAAGCCGUAGACAUUGCUCGUCAAUUUUGCAUAGGAAACAACGAACAACGACCAUUGCUGGCAUGUAAAAAGCUUGCAGAAUUGUCUGUUUCGCGAGGCUCGUUGGACGAUACAAGUGUUAUGCUAAUCAAAUUGAAACAUUAUACUUAG